AUGAUCGAAGCAGAGAAGCCGCACGAAAUUGGCAAAAAGGCCCGCAAACGUAGCAACGGUGGUUGCAUUACUUGCAAGAUUCGACGGGUCAAGUGCGAUGAAGGCAGACCGUCGUGCGACCGGUGCGCGAGUACGGGCCGACAUUGCGAUGGCUAUCCUGCACCAAAGGAACCGGUGCCCGUUGCCUUUGUGAUGCUCGUGCCGACGUCAAAUCCUCCAGAGUGCCAUUCCGUGUCUCGACGGGCUUUUCAAUAUUUCCACCAAGUGUGCGCUCCGGCGUUGAUGAAUUACGGUACUCGAUUUUUCUGGAAUCAGCUCGUACUCCAGGCCUGUCACCAUGAUGAAAGCAUCAAGCACCUCAUCAUCGCCGCUUCCUACGCCGGUGCUCGAAGCGAGAUGAACAUGACAUGUAGCGUCACUGCUGCGCCCAACGACGGCUCCCUCUACCUAUCACAUUAUGGGCGGGCACUGAAGUUAUUGAGCCAUGCUAAAAGUCCGGACCCUGGACUGGUGCUCAUGGCUUGUUUACUGCUGAUACUCUGUGACGAGCUCCAACAGAACUCCUUUGCCGCUCUCCAGCAUAUGCUAGCGGGAAGAAAGAUCCUGUCUUCCUGCUCGUCCGGAAUCCGUGGCCAGGGCAACGAAAUCAUCAACGAGAUUGCUCCCAUCUUCUCUCAACUGGAGUUGCAUACUGGAGAAAUUUAUCGUCACACCAUGACACAACCACCCAGCCUUGCAAUUCCGAGGAACAGCUUACAUGACCUGACACCUUCUCGGCAGUCCAUACAUGAGCUUCCUACCGCACGAUUCGCAAACCUGGAUGCGGCUGCGGAGUCCUUGAGUCAGAUCGCAUGGGGCUGUGCAUCUCUCCGACUAGAUAGCCUACCUCCUCAAACGCGGUUUCACGUGGUUCCUGCUCUCACUAUCAGACUCAACGACUGGCUGAACCGUUUCACAGCCUUCGAACCAACGAAUGAGCCACACUGGUCUGCCACACGCACAAAGCAGCAGUUGCUGCGCCUGUAUCAUGGCUGUUUGGUAACACUAUCCCGUUGUGCUCCAUUCGACCAAGAGACCGCUUUCGACGCGUACUUGAGCAACAUCGAACAGCUCAUGAUCGGUUGCAGUCAUAUGAUCUCGUACACGACCACCAGGCUGAUCCCAAUUUUGUUUUUCAUCGCAACCAGGUAUCGGAGUGCUAGUUGUCGAAGAAGAGCGAUAGAACUUCUCCGUACGUGCGGCGUAGAUGGUCAGAUCCUGGCAAAGAUUGCAAUGAAAGUUGUCAAGAUCGAAGAAAAGAAAGUCGACGAGCCAAUUACAUCCAGCGAUAUUCCCGAGACGAAUCGUAUUCGCUUGGUUGACUUGGAUAUUGAUGCUCGAGGAGAAUUUUAUAUCCUGAGGUUCAGACGCUUUCCAUACCGUGAGCCGGCACCUCUCGAUUUUGCCGCGGUGCCUACCCAAGGCUUCUCGUGGAAUAGUGAUAUGAUCAAUUUGACGCAUCCGGUCUCUCUUUUGAAGGCCGUCCGUGAUUUCGACUUCACGCCGUUCUGGAACCAGGAAAGUCCCGCAUUCGGUCUGCCUAGAGAUAUCUCUCAGGAUUUUUGAGAUCCAUGAAUCAAGAGGCCGAGAACACCUCACCAUCGGACCAGGAACCUGCACGAGACGAACCUCUAUUGGUGUCCUUGAUAUCUCGACAGGGUCGCUAUGCUGCACCACCAAUCUCCAGUUUCUUCCCCUUCACACUCUUCCACUCGAAACCGAACGAGAGCAGGAACGCAAUGCAGGCGCAUGCUAUGGCGAGGAUAUAUGAAUUCGUGACGGCGAUAUUGUAUGCAUGGAGCACUCCAGCGAGCUGUGACGGAGGCGUGACUUCGCGGAUAUGGGUGGCACCGGCUGCAAUGAUUUUGUAAGGGUCAACACCCUUGGUAUAUUUUGGGAUUUCCUUCACCAGACCGUUGGAGAAGAUGUUCUGCGCAAUCGAGAUGGAAAUCGCACCACCGAGGGAGUUGAAGAAUAUGGCGACAGCAUUGCCCACAGGCAUGUCUUUCUUUUUCAGGACGACCUGAACAGCAAUGAAGGGAAUCUGAACACAUGCACCGGCUCCUGCCCCGGCCACAAUUUGAUAGCCGAUCCAGGUUCCAGUGGACGAGUGGACUUUUAGAGUAUGCAGGAGACCGGAUCCAACGGCGAACACAGCUGAGCCGAACCAGGUGAAUGGCACGUAUGGUCCAAGAGCCGUGACGCUGCCGCCGACUAUAACCGAUGAGAUGGUGAGGCUGACUAGAUAAGGGAUAGUGCGGAUGCCGGAUCCUUCAGCCGGGAUGCCGGAUCCUUCAGCCGAUGUCCCUUUGACGGCUUGGAAGUAGAAGGGGAGGUAGUAGAUGUGGGUAUACAAGCCCAUGGCGAGGAAAGCGCUGAAGAAGGCACAGAUGAAAACUGUACGCUGUUUGAGCAUGACUCGCGGUGGUAAUGUUGCGAGGUCGCCUUUCCAGAGUUGAAUGCCGGUAAAGACGGUCAUCAGGAGGCCGAAGCCGAGAAGGCAGCCCCAUACUUUGGAAUUCGACCACGGGUAGGUUGUGCCGCCCCACUGAAGAGCUAGGAGAAGACAAACAAUGGCGCAGAUCAAGAAGAAAGCUCCAAGAAGGUCGAUUUGCGCAAUCUUCUCCCUCAGCGUCAGACUGCUAUGUUUGCGUUCGGGGUUCUUGAAGAAGCAGAAGACGGCGGCAAUCGCGACGGCGCCGAUGGGGAGAUUGAUAUAAAAGCACCAGCGCCAGGAAACUCCUGGAAAAACAUAAUGUCAGCCGCACCACAUCGCGCUUGUAGAG